AUGGCUCGUUCGCUAGGAUGGCUUCUUUCACCUUUUUCUGUAUUGAAAUUGUCCCAAAUGAUCUGUCUUCUGCUCAUCAUCGUUUUUUUCUUAGAUGGGCGUCAACAAUGGCGAGCUUACAACAUUAUUUUCCUGUUUUCAUUCAUUUUCCUUAUUUGCGAUUUCGUAACACUCGUUCUUCACUAUUUCGAAGUGCCAAAGACUUCCAACAAUCUUCCCUGGCUCACGAUUGAAAAAGUAUGGAACAUUGUUGUAACUGUUCUUUCUUUUGUGGCUGUGCUUGUCUUAGCCUGGGAUUGGUAUCAGAUGAAAAACAACAGAACGCGUCACCAUGCUCUUCCUCCACCCAUGACCAUCGGUAGAGAUGGAUGGAUGAGAAAAUUAAUCAUUGUCUCUGUUGUUUCAUUGAUCACAGGAAUUCUGUUCCUCAUGUCCUAUCUCCGCGUCAAACGAUAUGGUAUUCAUUAA